GAGGAACAGAGACUGGUGGAGGGGGGAGGGGUGAGGCAGUGAGAGAGAAACCGACAGCAACUUUAAUCUGACGCCGUUACAAACGGAGAGAAGAGCUCAGACAUCAGCGCUUUGGAUUCAUUCGCUGCUGUUCAGGAAUCAUGUUUCUCUGUGUGAUGCUACUGGUUUUCACUGGCUUUAUGGAGACCAUAUCAGAAAACAUUAAGUUAAUUGGUCCAGCUGCUCCUCUUGUUGUUGAAGCUGGUAAAGAUCUGGUUCUGCCCUGUUCUCUCCAACCCAACAUCAGUGCUGUGGAUAUGAUGGUGGAGUGGAUCAGACCAGAUUUGAGCGGAACUGAUAAAUUAGUACAUCUCUAUAGACACCAUAAAGACACAAAUGAUAAGCAGAUUGAGUCUUACAGAUGGAGAACUGCUUUAUUUAAAGAAGAAUUGCAGAAAGGAAACACCUCACUGAAACUCUCAGCAGUCCAACCUACUGAUGAGGGAGUUUAUCAAUGCUACAUUGAGUCAGAGUCCUGGCAUGAUGACAUCGUUGUUCAUGUUAUAGUCAAAAAACUUUUAAAAGUAGUUGGUCCAGCUUCUCCACUUGUUGUCGAAGCUGGUGAAAAUUUGGUUUUGCCCUGCUUUAUCAAACCCAGCGUCAGUGCUGAAGACAUGAUGGUGGAGUGGAUCAGACUGCAUUUGCCCUUUGAUACCACCGACACACUAGUGCAUCAGUAUAAAGGAUAUGAAGACAGAAAUGAGAGGCAGAUGGAAUCUUACGUAGGGAGAACAGCCCUGUUUAAGGAAGAACUGAAAAAAGGAAACACUUCACUGAAACUCUCAGCAGUCCAGCCUUCUGAUGAGGGAGCUUACCAGUGUUACAUUAAGUCUCUUGGAUGGUAUGAUGAUGUAACUGUUAUUGUUGAAGUUAAAGGAAAAGGUUUUCAUGCUUGGAAGAUUGCCAUCAUCUGCAUUUCAGUAUUUGCCAUUAUAUUAAUCAUUUUUACAGCAUGCAUCUUGAAAGACAAAUUUUCAGAAAAGAAGCUUUCUCCUGCACAGUGCUCAGUCAUUACCUACAUGCGUCUCCAGUCAGUUUCUGUGAAAAAAGAGUUUGACCUGAAGAAAUUCAACACAUCAGAGGAGGGUUAUAGAAGACUCAUCCCAGCUAUCUCAAACUACAGAAAGGCUCAAUUUGCUGGCUAUAAUCUCACUGUACACUCCAUCAAAACUUUGACUGAAGCUCUACAAACUGAAAACUCCUCCCUGAAAGAACUGGAUCUCAGCAAAAAUAACCUCGAGCCCUCAGUAGUGGAGCUACUCUCUGCUGGACUGAAGAGUUCACACUGUAAACUGGAAAUACUCAGAUUGGCCAUCUGUAAUUUCACUGUGGAGUCCUGCAAAUCUCUUGUAACAGCUCUACAAACAAAAGUCCACUCCAUGAAGGAGCUGGACUUAUGUAGCUAUGACCUCCAGGAUUCAGGAGGCAUGGAGCUGCUCUUUGCUGGACUGAAGCCUGGAGACUGUAAACUGGAGAUACUCAGACUUCCUUUAUGUAAUCUUGGAAUAAACACAUGUGAAAAACUUGGAUCAGUUUUAAAAAUGGAAAACAGCUCCCUGAAAGAAAUGGACCUCAGUAAUAAUGACCUGCAGGAUUCAGGAGUGGAGCUGCUCUCUGCUGGACUGAAGAAUUUACACUGUAAACUGGAAAUACUCAGAUUAUCUGGUUGUAUGAUCACAGCAAAAGGCUGUUCUUCUCUGGCUUCAGCUCUGAGUUCAAACCCCUCACAUCUGAAAGACCUGGAUCUGACCUACAAUCACCCAGGAGAGUCAGGAGUAAAGCUGCUCUCUGCUAGACGAGAGGAUCCACACUGCUCACUUAGCACUCUCAGAGUGGAACAUGGAGGUGAGAACAGAAUCAAAACAGGACUGAAGAAAUAUUCCUGUGAGGUCACUCUGGAUCCAAACACAGCGCACAGUUCUCUCUGUCUGUCUGAGGGGAACAGAAAGGUGCAGCGUGUGGAAUUUUUACAAUCAUAUCCUGAACAUCCAGAGAGAUUUGAUGAGUGGUAUCAGGUUCUGUGUAGAGAGAGUCUGACUGGACGCUGUUACUGGGAGGCUGAGUGGAGCGGAGAUGUUAAUAUAGCAGUAACAUAUAAAUCAAUCAGCAGGAAAGGACGCAGUGAUGACUGUCUGUUUGGACGGAAUGAAAAGUCCUGGAUUCUGUGCUGCUCUAAUAAGAGAUACUUUGUCCGUCACAAUAAGAACAGAACUAUUCUCUCUGCUCCUCCCUCCAGCUCUGAUAGAGUAGGAGUGUACGUGGACUGUCUGGCAGGCUCUCUGUCCUUCUACAGUGUUUCCUCUGAUACAAACACAAUGACACAUCUACACACAUUCAAAACCACAUUCACUGAACCGCUCUGCGCUGGGUUUUAUGCUGAUUAUUACUCCUCAGUGUGUUUAAAAUAAAAUAACCUCCUGAGCAAACACACACACACACAGAAAACAUACACACACAGAAAACACACACACACACACACACACACACUAGCAUACACAC